UCUGGACAAUAUUCUCAGUACUCUAUUCACACAGGUUUGCGCUAAGACUGAAAUAUCUGAUACGCUAAGUAACUGGAACCAAACUUCUGCAUUGCGAGCCUUCCAGGUGCUGGGUCCUAUUUAUCAGGAGGAUAUUAUGGCUUUCCUCAGAAAGCCGAUGGAGGGUGAAGAAGAGGUGGAGUGCACUGCAGCUCUUACAGUCUUGAGAGAAGUUACCCAAGAGCCUCCCCAUAUGGACAAAGUAAAAGACACCAUGGUGCAAUCUGUGGCUCUCCUCAUACAGGAAAACAACUAUCAGGUUAAAAGUCCCCUCUUGCAGCUGAUUAGAAGUUUUGCAUGCUGUGACUAUCUUAUCCUGCCAGGAGGCAGUGUACUUGUGGAUUUUCUCAUUCGGCAGUGUGAACUCCCUGUCUUCACCGUGAAUCCUGAAGGUGACUGGGAUGAAGAGGCAGUCCAGGUGUAUAGUGUCAACACCCUAAACCUGGUGCCCUGGAAAAUGCUAUUGCAGUUCGUGUGCCCUCUGGAGUACGUCAACACUUUGAUCCCCAUCUGCAAAACCUUGACAUCUUUGUUCAUAAAGUCAGGGAAAGGAGGCCUAUCUCCUUACUUGGCGGAGUUCCACAGACGACCAACUGAACUCCCAACCCCUCAGGCACUCCUGCUACAUCUUUUGGUGAUUUCAUUGUAUCCCUACAAAGAUGGAGGCUGUGGGGUUGUUGCUCUCCAGCUGGUGCAUGCCCUCCACCCUCUCAACUCUCUCCAUCCUGUGAUUCAUUCAGAUUUGGGACAGUUGUGGAUGGAGAUGAUUCCUGAGCUUAUACAAUAUCUAGAAGCACAUAGUGAAGGAACUCUGGAAGAGAAGAAAUGGAAGAACAAGCUGCUUCAGAGACUUUCUCCCUACCCUGAUCAGCUUUUAGAAAGGUCAGUGGAAGCCAUUAUGGAUGAUGCAUGGUCCUGUGAGCUCGCAAAUGAGAUUCUUGUGAAAAGCAAAAGCUAUUCUCAGAGGUGCCAAGAUAAGUUUUUCCCAUAUAAAUUUUAUGGGGCAGUUCUACGGGCAUCAAGAAACAGAGAUGUGGUGAGGGAGUACCUCAGCAUUAUACUGCGGACUUCUCAGCAGGAGGAAGCUGAGAGAGAGGGGAUUGCUUCUGCCAUCAGUCUCGUAGCUACCCGUCACCUCAAGGACAUCUUGGUCGUGCUUCAGGAAUUCAUUAACAUUCUGAACCCAGACGAAACCUCACCCAGUGAGGUACAGCUGACGUGUUAUUUUACUGUGAAACCAGGGCUCAAGUGA